GAGAUUUUCUACGGGAAGAUGGCCGUUGUACACUGUCCUUUUCGGAAGUACCUAAUUCUAUAGUGUAGUAGUUCAUCAAAUUACAUCAGUGCUAUGUGUUAAAUUAGUGUUAUGCUUGAUAACAUUUAAUUGUUUAACUAUAGUUGUUGUAUCUGACUGAAUAAUUAAUUGACGUGACGACCCGGAAAAGUAAGCCCAUUCUGAUCGCUAUCUUCACUUCGAGAAUAUUUCUGACUACAUAGCUAAGCCCAAUUAACAACGAGGAUGCCAGCGAUAGAAGAUUCUUACGGCACUGGCGAUGUUGUGGACACCAUUUGCAGGCUAAAUCCAGAUCUGUUAGCCGAAUCAUGUCAACACAUUUUGAGUUAUCUCCGGGGACAGACCAGAGGAGUGGAUUCAGCAGAGGUUUUUGACAUAUUUCAGAAAGCUGGAGUCACACUUGAAUGCGAAUCUUUACAGAGCAUCAUCAGAUUCCUCUUAUUAACGUUCAGGUCUGCUGGGAAGAGCAAACUCUCUGCAGAUGACCUUAUGUCAAGGCUGGAAGAAAGCAGCAACAAGUGGUCCAAAGCAUCGCUGCAGGUGCUUCACAGCUUAUGGAGUGAGCAUGGAGAAUCGGUGCAAGUCCAGCAGUCCGUGCAGGACAUGCUCAGCGUCGGUCAGCUAGUAGACAUGCAGUGGAAGCUGGGCCUGGCAGUGAGCUCUGACACCUGCCGCUCUCUCAACUCGCCCUUUGUGACCAUCCUGCUGAAGAUCGCAGAGCCUUCGGGACAGAUCAGUCAAAAGGCUUUUGAGAUGACCGUACCGCAGUUUCAGAACUUUCACAAGCAGAUGAAGGAGGUUGUGGCUGCUAUGGAUACUGUCUGAUGCUUCAUGAAGCUCCUAUUUUUGUGCUUUUAUGAUUCAUGGAAUGAAGAUCACAGGAAAUUCCAUAA